AUGAGGGCCAGACGAGAAUCAUGGUUAGCUGAUCAAGUUGGUAUACGUGGUAUAGAAUUGUAUAUUCCGAAACUGUAUAUAAAUCAGAAGGAUCUUGAAACGUUUGACAAUGUUAAGAAGGGCAAAUAUACCGUUGGGCUUGGACAGGAGGAAAUGAGUUUCUGUGCUGACCAUGAAGAUAUUACGUCCAUUUGUUUAACAGUUGUAUCGAAAUUACUAAGGAAUUAUAAACUUUCUGUCAAUGAUAUUGGUUUCCUUUGUGUUGGAACGGAAACGCUAACGGACAAAAGCAAAAGUGUCAAAACUUCGUUAAUGAAAUUGUUUGAGGAUAAUUGUGAUAUCGAAGGAGUUGAUGUGAAAAAUGCAUGUUACGGUGGUACCCAAGCCUUAUUUCAUGCCAUUGAUUGGAUUCAUGCUAACUGGGAGUUUGAAAGGCGCUAUGCAAUUGCUGUUAUGGCAGAUAUAGCACUUUAUGAUGCUGGACCUGCACGAUGUACUGGCGGAGUCGGAGCUUUCGCUGCCCUAGUUGGUCCAAAUGCAGUAUUAUCGUUUGAAAGAGGGCUUCGUGCAACGUAUAUGGUUGAUGUUUACGAUUUUUACAAACCAAAUCAACCUGUACCCUCAGAAUAUCCUAUUGUAGAAGGCCAAGCCAGCUUACAGGCCUAUCUCACUGCCGUAGACGAAGUUUAUAAAUUGUAUUGUCGAAAGUCCGAAAAAUUGGGGGAUGAAGCAGUGAAUAUUUCGAAUUUUAAUGCUGUAUUUUUCCAUUGUCCAUUCACUCGUCUUGUUCAAAAGGCUCUUGGUGUGUUGGCAUUUAUUGAUUACAAACGUGGAUUAAGCGAUCAUUUGACAAAUAUCGAACGGACCAAACCUUCAGAAUUUUUACUUGAGCCACGAGAAGUAAAUUAUAUGAGUCGUGAUUUUGCUAAGAUGGCAGUGCAAAUAAGCGCAAAACUUUGGACUGAGAAAACCGAACCAUUUCUGCUACUUAAUCGUCGAAUUGGAAAUACUUUGCCGGAUGAAAGAGCUUUAAGUGGUCAGCGACUUUUAUUUUUCUCUUACGGUAGCGGAGCAGCUGCUGCAAUGUUUUCUGCUCGAAUAUUGGUAUUAGAAAAGGAUGCUAAAGACCAGUGUAUGCAAAUGAAACGAAGUGCAGAUGCUGCUGUAGCAUUAUUGGAGAAACGUUUAUGUAUAGACCCAAAACGUUAUAGCGAAAUCUUGGCUCUCAGAGAAAAACUUCUAUCAAGUACAGCUCCGUACAGACCAGAAGGUGUGAGAAAUAAUUUGACGGAUGAAUUUAGUCUAUUUCCUAAUACAUAUUAUUUGAUGAAUAUCGGAGACAAGUACAGGCGAUAUUAUGCACAAACAUCAAGUUAG